CAUGCUUCAAGUGCUCCUAAUUUAUUAAUCAGGCACAUUACUAUGCACAUAACAUAACCAUAGUUGCAGAGAAGUUGCAGCAAAUUACAUACUUGAUCAUGCCUUCCUGCAACUUACAUACCAAUUUCAUCUCCAAAAUCUUUAUCUUUGUCAUCUCUCUAGCAACAAUUAUAUUCUUAACUCUAUUUCUCGCUCCCCAUUCCGUAACUUACACAAGUAAUCAUGAGCAUGUAUGUGAUAGAGCAGAUGAAUCAAAUAGUAUCAGCCUAGUAAAAACUUUCUUGGUAAAAUCUCUCCCGCAAAUGAAAAUGGCAGUCGAAUCUGCCGGUUAUAUGAUCCGCCGGACAUAUGAUUACAAGGAGAAAGCCGCCCUAGAUGAUUGUCUGGAGCUUAUGGACUUAUCGAUCGACAAAGUGAAAGAUACACUAAUGGAUUUAGCCAACUGGAGCUCAGUUUCUGAUUCUGCUAACAAUGUGCAUACUUGGCUUAGUGGUAUACUAACUAACCACAUAACAUGCUUUGAAGGGAUUGAACAUACAAGCCAGGACUCCAUCAAGAACUUAAUCCAAGACUUGAUAUCUAAAACAAGAAAAUCUCUAGCAGUACUUGCUUGUCUUGCGAAUUCCGAUAAGCGUUUUCUGCAGCCGCUUAACGGGAGAUUUCCGCAGUGGGCGUUGGCGAAUAUUAAGGAUCGGAAAAUUUUGGAAAGCUGGGCGGGGCAUAAGGUUAAGGCUGAUGUUGUAGUGGCACAGGAUGGGAGUGGAGACUAUAGAACAGUUCGAGAAGCCGUUGGUUCAGCUCCGGACAGGAGUAAAAGUAGGUAUGUGAUACAUGUUAAAAAGGGGAUUUAUAAGGAGAAUGUGGAAGUUGGAAAGAAGAAGAAAAAUUUGAUGAUUGUUGGUGAUGGUAUGAAUAAGACUAUCAUUACUGGUAGCCGUAAUGCUGCUGAUGGAUCAACAACCUUCAAAUCUGCCGCACUUGCUGUUGCAGGAGAUGGAUUCAUACUACAAGACAUUUGUAUCCAGAACACAGCAGGACCCGAAAAGCACCAAGCCGUAGCCCUCCGAGUCAGCGCAGAUCGAUCCGUCGUAAACCGAUGCCAAAUCGACGCAUACCAAGACUCACUCUACACACACAGCUACAGACAAUUCUACAGAGACUGUUCCAUACUCGGAACAGUCGAUUUCAUCUUCGGUGACGCAGCAGUCGUAUUCCAAAAAUGCAAAAUCAUCGCUAAGAAACCGCUCCCAAACCAAAAGAACAUGAUCACUGCACAAGGCAGAUCAGACCCGAAUCAAAACACGGGAACUUCCAUUCAAGACUGUAAAAUAAUUCCUAGCCCUGAUUUAGAACUAGUAGGUAACUUGUACUCCACGUUUCUUGGUCGGCCGUGGCGAGAAUAUUCGAGGACUGUGGUGAUGGAGUCGUACAUUGAUAAGCAUGUUGAUCCGGCUGGUUGGGCGAAGUGGAAUGGGGAUUUUGCGGUGAGGAGUUUGUAUUAUGGGGAGUAUGCGAAUAGAGGGCCGGGUUCGGAUACGAGCGGGAGAGUGAAAUGGGAGGGUUUUCAUGUUAUUACUGUUCCUAAUGAGGCUUUGAAAUUUACUGUGGGAGAGCUGAUACAAGGUGAUGUAUGGCUGGGUUCUACUGGUGUUUCUUUUAAUCAAGGUCUUUAAUAUGCGGCCGAUCACCUCGCGGCUUUGAAGGAAGAGAGUUUGAUAGGGUUCGUCUCUCAUGAGAGUCUUCUGGCAAGCUUAAGUUAUUGGUUAAUACAUGAUUUACAUGAUGUGGCAGAUGAUCGCUAUGUUUAGUUUUCAUUUCCUUUAGGUUUUGUCUCUUUGCCUUGUACCAAAAAAAAAAUCUUCGGUAUGUAUUAAUUUCAACUUAUAAUUUUAAUAGUUAUAUUUUAUGUUGAUGUUAUUA